CAGAACUCGGAGACAGAAGCUGACAGCGAAGAACUGAGCAUCACCCGGGGCCGCAGCAGCUCGAUCAGCAGUCACAGCCCUCACCAUGAGCCGGAAAGUUGUCCGCACCAGCAAGUUCCGCCAUGUCUUUGGCCAACCGGUGAAAGGCGACCAGUGCUACGAUGACAUCCGCGUGUCGCAGAACACCUGGGACUCCAACUUCUGUGCCGUCAACCCCAAGUUCCUGGCCAUUGUGGUGGAGGCCAGCGGGGGCGGAGCUUUCCUGGUCCUGCCACUGUCUAAGACCGGACGCCUGGAUAAGUCUCAGCCCGUCAUUUGUGGUCACACGGCCGCGGUGCUGGACGUCGAUUGGUGCCCCCACAAUGAUAAUGUCAUCGCCAGUGGCUCAGAGGACUGCAGCGUCAUGGUGUGGGAGGUCCCGGACGGAGGUCUGACUCGCUCUCUCACAGAACCCAUCGUCACCUUGGAAGGGCACACAAAGCGAGUGGGCAUUGUCCUCUGGCACCCGACCGCCCAGAAUAUAUUGCUGAGCGCAGGCUGUGACAACGUCAUCCUGAUCUGGGACGUGGGCUGCGGCCAGUCCGUCAUCUGCAUAGACGAGACGCACACGGACCUCAUCUACAGCGUGGCCUGGAACCUGGACGGCAGCCUCAUCUGCACCUCGUGUAAAGACAAGAAGAUUCGGAUCAUGGAGCCCAGAGCCGGGACCAUCGUGGCGGAGAAGGAAAAGCCCCACGAAGGCAGCAGACCGGUCCGCGCCAUCUUUGUGUCCGAUAAUCAGAUUCUCACCACUGGAUUCAGCAGGAUGAGCGAGAGGCAGUUGGCCUUAUGGGACACGAAGUCCCUGGACGAGCCGCUGACCCUGCAGGAGCUGGACACCAGCAGCGGCGUCCUCAUCCCGUUCUUCGACCCCGACACCAACAUCGUGUACCUGGGAGGCAAGGGGGACAGCAGUAUCCGGUAUUUCGAGGUGACGGACGAGGCCCCGUACGUCCAUUAUCUGUCCUUGUACAGCAGCAAAGAGUCCCAGCGAGGAAUGGGCUACAUGCCCAAGAGGGGGCUGGAGGUCAACAAGUGCGAGAUCGCCAGGUUUUACAAGUUGCACGAGAGGAAGUGCGAGCCGAUCGCCAUGACUGUGCCCAGGAAGUCAGACCUCUUUCAGGAGGACCUGUACCCGGACACGGUGGGCCCGGAUCCGGCUCUCACCGCGGAGGAAUGGUUAUCGGGGAAGAACGCCGGGCCCCUGCUCAUCUCCCUGAAGGACGGAUAUGCUCCAAGCAAAGGCAGGGAGCUCAAAGUCACCAAAAAUAUCCUCAGCGGCCGCCUGCCCCAGCGCAGCCAGUCGUCCAAUGGAGGCAAAGCGCAGGACUGCACUCUGGAGCAGCUCUUAGAGGAUAUAAAGAAACUGAAGGCGACCGUGAAGGAACAAGACAAGAGGAUCGCCCAGCUAGAAGCCGCCAAAUAGCUACCCACC